AUGAUAUCAAGAACAUUACUUAGAAGAGCUGUUCCAGCCACCAGAUACUUAAGAUCUUUCACUACAUCAAAUGUCAGAUUAAGUGCAGAUGAAGAAGAUUUAGUCAAUGUAAAUAACUUACCAAGACCAAAGUCAACAGAAAACUAUGUUCCUUUAGUUAACCCAACUGAAAAGUACAAAGUUCAAAUUGAAGAAUUACAUAAAUUCGGUACUUAUAUCAUGUCAUGUUUACCUAAAUAUAUCCAACAAUUCUCUGUUUGGAAAGAUGAAUUAACCAUAUAUGUUGCUCCAUCUGCAAUCAGACCAGUCAUGUUAUUUUUAAGAGAUCAUACUUCAUGUCAAUUCAAAUCAGUCAUGGAUGUUACUGCCGCUGAUUAUCCAUCAAGAACUAAUAGAUUUGAUGUUGUAUAUAACAUGUUGAGUGUAAGACACAAUUCUAGAAUUAGAGUCAAGACUUAUGCCAGUGAAACAAGUCCAGUUCCUUCCAUUACUCCAUUUUUCAACGGUGCUAAUUGGUAUGAAAGAGAAACUUAUGAUUUGUUUGGUGUUUUCUUUGUUGGUCAUCCUGAUUUAAGAAGAAUUAUGACUGAUUAUGGUUUUGAAGGUCAUCCAUUAAGAAAAGAUUUCCCAACUACUGGUUAUACUGAAGUUAGAUACGAUGAAGAAAAGAAGAGAGUUAUCUACGAACCUUUGGAAUUGACUCAAGCUUGGAGAAACUUCACUGUUGGUUCUUCUGUUUGGGAACCUGUUGGGGAAGGUAAAGAUUUCACUCCAGAAACUUUCAAAUUGCCAACUCCUGAACCAGAACCUGAACAAGAAGGUGACAAGAAAUAA